AGUCAUCAGUGCAUGUCAAAAUUAUUUUAUUUCCAUUUGUUACUGGCAGUGUUUUAUAAACUUUGUGAUUGUUUGUCGAAAUAUAUCGUAAUGAUGGCUGAGGAUACGACGGCCGACGCGACAAGACGACUAAACGUUAAGAAACAAACGCUGGACGAUGCGUACGCCGCGCCGGCUAACUUCUUAGAAAUCGACGUGGUAAACCCAGUCACAACCAUGGGAGUUGGUAAAAAACGCUACACCGAUUACGAAGUUCGCAUGAGGACCAAUCUUCCUGUAUUUAAAGUAAAAGAAUCGAGCGUCAGACGGCGAUAUAGUGAUUUCGAAUGGCUCAGAAACGAACUAGAGAGAGACAGUAAGAUUGUAGUACCCCCACUGCCCGGAAAGGCCCUGAAAAGGCAACUCCCUUUCCGAGGAGAUGAUGGUAUUUUUGAAGAGGAAUUCAUUGAAGACCGUAGAAAAGGUUUGGAAGUAUUCAUCAACAAAAUUGCAGGCCAUCCUCUAGCUCAGAACGAGAGAUGUCUUCACAUGUUCCUACAAGAGUCAGUCAUCGAUAAAAACUACGUCCCGGGCAAGAUACGGAACACAUAACCAUCUCAACACUUCGAACUUUAAGGCUACUCUCAUGCUCGCCUCGGAUCGGCAGGACCGUAAUAUUGUUUUAUAUUUAUAUAUAGACACGUGCCUAACAUACUAUAUAGUACAAUAUAUGAACCAGUAAUUUCAUUUUCUAUGAAUGCGGCGAGACGAGUGAGAGUCAUUUUAAAGUUCCCGUCCUUAACAGAUAGCAAUCGAAGCGAUAAAUAUAUUUUAAAUGGUAUCACAGUAAAGAAAUACAUUUAUAUGCACUUCAUUCCACAGGUAAUUAUUGUAAAUGUCGAAAUUGUCUUGUCAUUGUCGAAAAAGUGUUAGAUGUUUACAUAAUGUUAAUGGAGAAUAAAAUAAAAUAUUAAUGUAUGAUCAAUAGCAUUCGGUUUCAGCAUCAAAGCGAUCAUGGUUUUUAGUGUCGUAAAGAGUGUUGCUAUAAUCUCAUUGUUUUAAAAAUGUAGGGAGAAUCAGGUGUAUUUAUUACAUGUUACUUCGUUAGGUUUAAGGGUGCUUUGGCGACAAAGUUGCAACACCGUUUGCUAUGGCACGGAGAUAAUAAUAUAUUGGCAUAUUUUAGAUCAAAUACCCAAAAAUUGUUAUAUAAAAUUGUGAACAAUAAAUUGGUGUUGUCAUUAUUGUUUAGUGGUGCAACACAUGCAGUUAGUUAGAUUUAAUUAGCCUUAGUUGAUUAUAUGCAAUUUGUUAGCGGUAUCAAUUUGUGGACACUUGUGACAUCGGUCAGUGUAAUAUCACUUAUAAAUUAUACAUAUUCCUUAAUAAAACUAUUAAGUUAA